CAGUUCGGGCUGCCGGUCCCUGCAUGGCAACAGGCGCGAGGGGUUCCCCCGUACGUCGCCUCUCUGUCUAAAAAAAAAAAAGAAAGGAAAAUUGCUCUAACGUUAAAAGUUAUUGUGCUUGUACCGGGCGCGCCCAUGAACGGCAGCAUGUACUGGAAUAUAGUAUAACGCGCGACGCGGAGCAGAAAGUUUAAAGCCGGGGAAGCCAGUGCGGUCACACCGAGGAGCAGCCGAGAGGACUCCACAUCCAGAUUCUCAUUGAUGAGGCAGCCUCCAAAUGACGUCGAGAUGGCAUUAGGUGGGACUCUGCUUCCAUCUAUAUCCACGUUUGCCAGCGGCCCCACUGUCAAGAGCAAAUCCAUAGGAAGUGCCAAUCUAAGAUGGAAGGAGGAGUUGUCCCAUCUUAAGAAACCCAGCGUGCCAACCGGAAGCAGCUGCUCUGACCCAGACCAUCCCACUGCCACCAGCACAACAAGUCCUAGCAUGUCCAAAAAAGACACCGAGCCUGAUCUGGACUUGGACUACGACUUUAUUCUGUCUAACUCCAUCCUGCAGCAGCAGCAGCAGCAACAGCAGCAGCAGCAGCAGCAGCAGGAGGAGGCCAUGGCGUGCAGCUCGGCCCAGACCCUGUCUCCGUCCCCCAGCUCUUUCUCCUCAUCCUAUCCCCUCCCCUCCCCUCAGGGCACCGCCAGCGAGCUGCUCUAUACCAUCCCAGACAUCAGCGACGUCUCGCCCUCUGGAGGCUUUGUGGCGGAGCUCAUGAGACCCGAGUUGGACCCGGCGUACCUCCACCCCACCAGCCUCCACGGCAAGUUUGUGGUGAAGACAACAAUGGACAUGGGAGAAUACAGCCAAGGCGUAAACGUAAGCAAAGCUUGUGUUACCGCCGUUUCGGACCCGACUCCUUCCCGCGCCUCGCCGUCCUUUACGUGCCACAGGAUAAAGCAGGAGAACCCCAGUAACUGCACCAUCUCGCAGCCAAUGGACCUACACCUGGCGGGGGUGAACUCCCAGGGCCGAGGGAGCCAGCAGCAGCGCCCGUGCCAGUUAGAGCUGCACGGCUUCCCCGGUGGAGGGAGGCCUAUGACAGGCGGCAGGUUAUCCUCAUCCUCUUCCCUCUCCCCAGACCAUCCUCUGAGCCGGGAGCACCAGGUUCUGGGGCAUCCCCACUCUCAGAUCCCUCUACCUCCCCAGGGAUACCAUCAUAGCUCCCCACAGGGCUACUCCUCCUACCCUCAGCCGUCCUCCAUGCAGUACCAAGAACCCCUCAUGAUCCCCAGUGGGGACUGCUUGCCGGAGGAACCGAAGCCUAAACGUGGUAGGCGCUCCUGGCCGAGGAAGAGAGUCGCCACACACACAUGUGACUACGUCGGCUGUGGGAAAACUUAUACAAAGAGCUCCCACCUCAAAGCACAUCACCGUACACACACAGGGGAGAAGCCUUACCACUGCGACUGGGAGGGCUGCGGUUGGAAGUUUGCACGUUCGGACGAGCUAACACGCCACUACAGGAAACACACAGGCCACCGGCCGUUUCAGUGUCAGAAAUGUGACCGGGCCUUCUCAAGGUCAGACCACCUCGCUCUCCAUAUGAAGAGACACUUAUGAGACUUGGCAAUGGAUGAAGGCUACAGGAAAAUGAAAAACAUGUUAGCAAGAACCAUGAACAAACUUGUGAGCUACACUUUUGAAAAACCAUAAUUUGCCUUCAAGACGUUGUCAAGCAACAAGACAAGCUGUGGUGUUCACGGCAAAGAAAAAAACAAAAAAAAACACAGCAUUACUCCCUCAAGAGCCUAGAAUUUCUCCCAAGACUGAUCCUGGCUUCGCACGUCGUGCAGGUGACUUGAAAGGACCUCUCAGUCAGGGUUGUAAACUUUUAUGAAAGGGACCAAACUGGAAUUUGUCUUAUUUAACCGACAAAACUUGGAGGACCAGGUGCCAACAACUUUUUAACUGGAAAUGUAUUUUUGUCAGGGAAACCAGGAGCAACAGACAAACAUCUCCAGAGGCCUUAAACCAGCAACAUGCCAAUAUAGGCUCUGUUAUCAACACACUGUUCAAAAUACUGUAUUAAUAAAUACAUCUAUAUUUAUAUACACAUUUCACCUGCAAUGCCAUUAAUUUCAGGUACAAUGUUAAUUUAUACAGAAUGGUGCUCAGCGACUCUGAAGAAGGCUUUUUUUUAACUAAAGAAAAGGUACCAAAGAAUAAGGAAAAUACACAAAAACUAUGAAAAAGUGCCAUACGGUUGUUUGUGUGUUUCUUGGAAACCUCUCUUCCACAAUCUGACUUAAAUCAGGUGAACACUUCACUUAUAAAUGGUGAUGGCAAUCUUCAAUGCACUGCAGUUGCAAAGUGCAAUAAUUUAUACGAGACAUUCAUAUUUUUGUAUUGAAUGAGUAACUCUGAACAAAGAUUUUUUUUUGU